GGUGGCUGAAGGGGGAAGAGUGAGCAGCUAGUUCGGUGUCAGUCUCAAAACUAGGACUAGAACUUUGUUAUGACACGCGAAACCGGAGCGGUUCGGAUCAGUUAUCAACGAUAAUCGACUGCGCGGUCGCGGGAGAGCGGUUCGGCUCGGUUUUGACCCUCGGGAGGAGUUUUAGGAGCAGGAGAAUGAGUUUGAACGAGCACUCUCUGCAGGCGCUGUCAUGGAGAAAACUCUACUUGAGUCGAGCCAAGCUGAAGGCCACCAGCAGAACCUCCGCUCUGCUCUCCGGGUUCGCCAUGGUGGCGAUGGUGGAGGUCCAGUUGGAGCGAGAUUACUCGUACCCUCCAGGUUUGCUGAUAGCGUUUAGCGCCUGCACCACCAUCCUGGUGGCCGUGCAUCUCUUCGCUUUAAUGAUCAGCACCUGCAUCCUGCCCAACCUGGAGGCGGUCAGCAACGUCCACAACCUCAAUUCGGUCAAGGAGUCGCCCCACGAGCGGAUGCAUCGCCACAUCGAGCUGGCCUGGGCCUUCUCCACCGUCAUCGGCACCUUCCUCUUUCUAGCGGAGGUGCUGCUGCUCUGCUGGGUGAAGUUCCUUCCGCUGAAGAAGCACGACAACGGCCAAACGCUGACAGACAACUCCACGGUCAGCGCCGGAGAAGCCGCGGCCUACGCGUCGACGGCCAUCAUAGUUCCCUGCGGCCUCGUCCUCAUCGUCUUUGCCGUGCAUUUCUACCGCUCGCUCGUUAGCCACAAAACUGACCGGCAGUUCCAGGAGCUGGAGGAGUUGUCCAACAUCACGCGCCUCCAGAACGAGCUGGACCAUCGGGUGGAUGCGCCAAACAUUCAGACGGCUCCGGGACUCUUCCCCUAGGGUGGACGCGGUUGGCUUCCGGUCUGACCGUUCGCCAGCUAGACACACAGUAACUUAUGGAAAAAUCAGAUUUAUACAGUUUUCUAAUUCAAAUGUAGUCGAUCAGCCAGAAAGUUGUUUUUAGUUUUAGCGCUGGAGCUACGAGGCUAAUGAUGCUAACAAGUAAUAGAUGCUUGUACUCCACUUAGGCUGUGUUCACAUGACCAGGCUGAAGUGGCAUAAAUCCAGAUUUUUUCAGAUCUGAUUAUUUCAGAGCAGUGUGGACACACAUCUGAUCUUUUCAGAUCACUUUAAUAUGUGGUUCUUGAUCAGAUAUGUUUCCGAUUCAUGGUAGUGCGAUCUUAAAGUGAACGCUCAGAUCAGAAAUCGUGUGCUCAUCACGGUGCAUCUUCAUUCGGCGUUACCAUGGCAACAGGGCCGAAACUGAGGUUGGUUUCAGAAAACAUUGCAAAAGUAUCUGAUCCUAUUUCACUUUCAUCUCGUGCCAAUAAUGACGCAAAUAAUGACGCUUAUCAUCGUGAUGAAGGCUUGUUUUGGUGCAUGUGAUUCAUUCAGGUGACGUUAUUGAUUAGCAUGUGCGCCUGCGGGUCGUUUCAGAAAGCAGGUUCACAUUAAUGACAGAUUUUCGUCACUUAUCUACUGAAUUGUGAACCGAUGAGUCAGAAAGAUUCGGAUCUGGGCAAAAAAUCUGAAUUGAACAAUGAGGCUCAUAAUGUGAACGUAACUUUAGCAUCAUGCAAACUGGAUUCCUGAAGCCCCUUUCACACGUGCACUAUUACACGGGAAUUUUAACGUUAAUUAAACAUCAAUUUCCCUUUUUUUGGACCAUUAUUGUGAUUAUUUUAUAUAAUUUAAGGUCCUGGGCUGAUAUUACGGAAACACCCUCUCUCUGAAUUCAUGACUGGAUUUAGAACAGUAGCUAAUACAGACAAAGCUGUCUGAUCAAAAAUAAUGACAAGAUUGUUUCAUGAAUCUUUUUCCACGAAGUUGAGAUGCUUGCAGCUGUUGCGGCUGAGUUUGAAGUGAGUUGCAGGACACUUUACUAUAUAAGUUUGUAAUCUGAUCCUAACUCCAGAUAAGAAGACAGUGUUAGGCUGGCUUUACGCGGUGAAACAUCCAUGCAACUUCACUUGCUUUAAAUAUACAUGAAACUAAAAUGCACUUGAGUUUUAUACUAUAAAGCAUCCUGCAACUCGCUUGAAAUCUCAGCCGAAAAAACUUUUAUUAAACAGUCAAGUUAUUUUUGAUUGGGCGUAUAGUUUUGGUACAUUGAUCAAUAAAUGACAAUUUUACAGGUCCAGUAGCAACAUCUUAUUAAUCAUGCGGGAUACUGUGGUGACUAUCUAGCAAUCUCCUAGCAACCACCUGGGAUAUCAUUGCAGCACCCCUAGCAACCAUCCUAGCAGCUAUUGUAAAAUACCAUAAUAACUGCUUGGCAACACCCUAGCAACCAUCUGGGAAUUGCUUAAGCUCUUUUAGAUUUUGGUGUGAACAGUUCCUGGGAACUGAACGUGUGAAGGAGACUUAGACUUAGAAUGAAAUCAGACUACUGUGUUUAGCUCUGCUAAUGUACUUCAGUCCAUGUUUAUAGGUAACAGUGAGUCAUACAGUGUCAGAAACCACAGAAUCAAGACUGUUAUUGAUUACUGAACAACCUUAGAGACAGUAUGUGAUGAUUUAGGUACACAGUUAGCACUGUGCUAAUCGCUAAUAUGAGCUUCCUUUACUUCUUAGCUAUGUUAGCCUUGUAGCUCUAGUGCUAAAACUAAAGAAGCAAACUUGUCAUGACUGACUGAUCGACUACAUUUGGAGUGGAGGUGUUGGGGUUGUAUACAUUUUUAUUUUUUUGCUGGACUGUCCCUAGAAUUUUAUAUCGGCUGGUUCUUCCAAUAGGACAACUUUUAAAAUGUUUCAUACACCGUUUCUUGAUUUCUUGAAGCUUCUUCAGCAGAAUGGAACGGAAAUAUAAAAAUAUUUUGAUUUGAUUUUUAAUUUUUUUUUAUUUUAUUUUUUAUUUUUGCAUGCUCAGACUGCAAGAGUACAGUACGUUAUUAAUUUACUUAAUUAGUACUUUUUGUGACGCUCUUUUGUGUGUGAAUCUACAGAUGUGGUCUUUUUUCUCCAAAAUCUGAGCUGUUUUGAAGAGCCAGUGCCGUCAUGAUGUUUCGACAAGAUAUACGUUGUCUCUGAUGGCAUAAUGUUUAAAGAUGUGCCAAAAUAAUCUAUGUAAUAUUCAUAUUUCCCAAUGUACAGUAUCUCUGCUAACGUUAUUUUUUAGUCCUUAAUAAUGUUUAUUCUUAUGUGGCAGAAAUAUGGGAAUUAGCCAGGAUCAGUAGAUUUACAGUGGUCCCUAUUUUAAAGUUAAAGCAGAAUUCCACUAUUUUUUUCAGAAUUUCCCCCAUAAUUCAGUGUGUGAGGUGUAAACAGAGAGAUUCAGAGUGGUUUGGUGUGAAAUGGUUCAGAUGUCUUUACAGUGGUGG